AUGUCUUCAAUUACCGUACGCCCCGCCACCCUAGCUGACAGCGACGCCAUUGCAAACAUCCACUCCUCGGCACUGGAGACAUACAAUGAUUUCUACGCAGCAUUCUUCCAGCGCCAUCCCCGUGAGCUAAUCCCGAUCGCUACUCGCAACGCGCUACAGAACCCGACACAGCACUUCUCCGUCGCCGAGGAGGCGGGGCAGACGGUUGGGUUCGUGCGCUACACGGAGGUCACGGAGGUCAAGAACAAGAACAACACCGAUAGUGGUAGUAGCAAUAAGCCGAACUCGAACGCGAGCGAGCAGCCACCGCCUGCGCCUGCGCCGCCAUCAGUUUGGACAAUCAAGAAACACAUGGAGGAGCUGUGGCAAUGGUUCAAUGCGCGCAGUGAGGAGAUGGAUGCCUCAAAGGAGAAGGCUCUUGAUGGGAGAGACCAUUUUGAGGUGAUGCAUAUAAUGGUUGACCCGCAGCACCAACGAAAAGGCAUCGGCGGCCAUCUCCUCAAGUCCGUCACUGACAAAGCCGAUGCCGUCAACGCGCCAACGAUCAUUGUAUCCUCAGUUGAAGGUCACGGACUCUACACUAAACAUGGCUUUGAGUCACUGGGGACAUGGGACAUUGACAAUGAGGCGUGGGCGCACAAGAUCGUCGAACACGAAAAGAGCAUCGGAUAUACAGACGGAGUUAUCGACCUGGAGGAUAAAUGCAGAGGCAUGCGCGAAAGUGAAGAUAGCAUGAUCCGGCAGCCCAUCAUCCGGUCCUGA